CCUGAAAGCUGGAGGUGUCAAUCUGUCAAUAGGUUCGGGUCGUCCGAAAAUUGUAUUCUUGCUUGUGAAUUCUUGUUUUAUUAAAUUUUGGAUACUUUUAAUCAGCUACACUGUAUUAUGAUAUAAUUUAAUUUGUCUACGAACAAACAUUUCCUGUUAAUGUCUGGCCCGACCAGGAAGAGUCACCCCCCUAUCAGUCAUGACUAAUGGCAGAAAACAUAAACUGGACAACCCUAUACUUUCCCUCCAAUGAAAGAUGCAUUGCAGAGUUUGAAAUCCUAAAUGAAAAACUUGAAGUUCAGUUAAAAGCUGAUUUGAAAAAGAUAUACACAGAGUCCUUGUACACAGAUUUGGAAAUAGCUUUUGACAAUGGAUCGAUUCAAACACAUAGUAGUUUGUUAAAGUCAAGAGCACCUAGAUUCUUCUCAGAGCUGUGCCCAAAACUCGGCUCUGCACCGACAGUGGUGGUGCUGACUAGGGCUGACCAGUUAUCUGUUGAAUCUUUUGUGAGAGAAAUCUACACACAGAAUAAAAUAAAGGAGAAAGAAAUUGCAAUAGUUGAAUAUUUAUCAAAACUAAAAAAACUGAAAGAAGAAGUAUUGACACCAGAGUCAGAUGUUUAUGUGACUCCUGAAUCUUCUCCAACUGACAUCAGAUACAGCUUUGGCCAUACAAGGUGUGCAUCAGAUAGUGGCCUUAGCUCUCUUAUCCAGGCAACAGACAGCAAGUACCUGUCUUCUACCAACACUCUAUACUACUCUUUGGUCACAGUUGAUGAGGUGUACACCUGUGAAUCAGCUGACAUACUUGAGAAGGAAUUAGCUGAACAAGAUCAACUGUUCAAGUCCUUCAAGUCCAUCAUAUCCAGAGAAGCAAGAAGCAACAAAAGUGACAACAAAACAUUUAUCUUGACAUCACCACUUAGUCGGUCAUACUCACAGAACAAUCAUAAACACUGCCAUAAGUCUGGGAAGAAUUCCAAAAAAAUCAAAGGUUUGGAUUUAAAACUAAAUCUUAAGACCAACUUUAAAGAUUGUGGUUUCAGAAAUUUUGAAAACACCUUGAGAAGUCAAAAUUUUAAAAAUGUAGUCAAUUCGAGUAACCAAGAAAGAAGUCUUGUUUACACAACAUUACAAGAGGAGGCCAUAAAUGCUUGUAGCAGUGGUAUACUUGGUAGUGUUUGUGAUGGACCCAACCAUUCUGGAAUGUCAGCCAUGAGCAAGAGACAAGAAACUGAUGAGUGUAUGGAGGCUGAGAGUGUGGGUCCAGAUUCGUGUCUAGAAGCAGGAUCUUCAGGGUACCUAACUGGCAGCAGUCCUCGAGACCAUACCACCUCAGAUGCUUUUGGAGGUGACCUAACUGAAAUAGCGACAAGUGAAGAUAUUCCCCAUGAUAACGAUCAGUCCGCCAGGUCAUCUUCUAUGUCGUCGGAUGCUGGGACUUGGGACUCCACAUUUCCUCCGAGUACAGAAGCAGCUGCAAGGGAAAGUUACUUCGAUGAUAAUUUGAAAAAGAAACAUAUUGAACUUGGUGAUCAUGACAGCAAUUUAUCAAUUACUAGUAUUGAACAAAUUAUUCCUGAUCCUUUUGCUGUUCACAUAACAAAUUCAGUUCAAUCGAACCAUACUUCUAGGUCAAAUGGUAUCAAACAUUUCCAGUUAGGACAUCAACAAGGUCAGUGCAUUUUGAGUAGCAAUAUACCUAGAGACUAUUUUACUGAUAACUUUAUUUCAUCUCAAAAUGAUAGUUAUCCAUUAGAAAAUGAGAGUACCACAGUGAGACAAAAUUGUUGUAACUCAAAUGAAGAAUCUUACAUUGAUAACAAAGACAGCAGAUUAUUGAAUGGAAAAAACAAUUUUUUUAUUGAUGCUGCAAGUUUAUUGGAUGAAAGUGAACUUUCAAGUAUUCCUCCCAAUACAGUAUCUAAUAAUGAAUAUGAAUCAUCUGAAAUCAAUGGUUUUCCAUCUUGGUCUGCAGAAAGUACGAAAGCUGACAAUAGUGAGGUUAAUAAAUGUGAGCAAAGAGAUAUAAGUCAUGAAACUGACUGUAAUACUAAUGAGAAAAUAUUUGCAGAACAAAGUGAUCUAGAAAGAAGGCGAGCUAGUCUUAUUCGCAGAAACACCUUUGAACUUGAAUUAGACGAUGAAAGAUUAGCAGUGCUAAGAAAUGAGUAUGAAAGACACAAAGAUAAAGUUCUUCAUCAUAACAAUGUAAGCAGUUCCCAGAGUACUACUCCUUGUGAUGGCUUUCAACAACAUAACUCUCUUCCUGUCAAUCAUGCUGAGGAUUACGGAGACACUCCCAAUUCACUCCCGGUAGCUUUGAACCCCUUCAGUUGUAACCAGAAGUGUGAAGAUGAUAUGCACUCCCCUGACUCACUAAAUAAUGAUGGACCUUCAGAAAAUCCAUUUGAAAAGUCUCUAAAGAAAGGAAAUCCCAGUUACUCACUACCUUAUGAAGUCAAUGAGGAGAUAACAAUCUGUGAGAAGGAUCAAGAAUGUAACCAAGUGUCGUUUGAUGUAACAUCUCAGAAAAAUGCAAUUCCCUCUGAAAACAAUGAAGUCACGUAUGAGUCAAACACAUCAAGUGGAUUUUCUAGCACCAAUAACAUUUUUAAAGGAAAUACUCAAGCACUUAAUAAAAUAGAAUCAGCACCUAUUAUAUCCGGUGGAGUGUCUUUAAAAGAUUUGUCCCCAGAAAAACCUAUCUCUAGUCCUUUGAUGAAUAGGAGGAAGGCAGAGUGUGCUCCUAUAGUGUCAGGAGGAUCAGUUAUUGAACUAGAGCCUGAAAAGGAACAAAAACCAAGGAUGAGUGGAUCCUUUGCAUCGUCUUGGAUAGUUGAUAUGAGUGAAGCAAGUAACAAAUCUCCUCCAGAAAUUAGAGGAAAAGAACUUAAUGAUACUGUAUCAAGUGUAAAUUCUUGUGAUUCAGUUAAAAGUGAAGAAGUUCAAAGGGCAAACAAAAUGUGCAGCUCAAGUUUAGGAUUUUUUAUUUCUUUGGAUGAUCCAUAUGAUGAAAAGUCCUCAAGGGAUAGUGGAUAUAAAAGUUCAAGUCAGCAAUUAAAUAAAAAUGUAGAAUCUGUAAAAAACACAUCCAAAAUUGACUCAGUAUCAAGUAACACUAAUUUGAGCAACUGCAGUUCAUCAUGUGGUUUUUAUGUUGAUCUAAGUGACUCACACACAUGCACAGAAAGGAUCAUUGAGAAAGAAACAUCUGUACCAGACAAGAAGUUGUUUUCAAUGUUCAUUGAUAUUGGAGAAACUGGGAGCAAUGAUGGAUCUAAAUCCAAGACAAGUUCACCUCAUGUAUUCAAAAAAAGAACACAUACAAGAACAUUUUCAGGUGUGUUUCCCUCUAAACGUGAUGAUAAAAAUAGAUUAAAUGAUUCUCAAAUGAGCUCAGAAUCCAGUUUGGAAAUGACAGAGUCUCCAGAAGUGUCCAAAGACAGCAAACCACUUGAAAAAGAAGCUUUGUUCAAUUCUGUAAGACCAACAUCCGCUUCAUCUAACUGCACUGCCAAAUCAAGUGAAAAAACCAAAAAGCAAGGCAUUUAUAUGUUUAUCGAAGCUGAUCCGUCCCCUGUUCCUCAGCGAAGAACCUUGCCUUCAGGAUUACAACCAACUUCCCAAAGGCAUUCUUGGAAUUUUGAGUCUAACAAUGCACCUGGGGCUGGUAAUGGCAAUAAUUGUGAUAGUGUCCCUAGAAAGGCUCAUAGACGAUCUCAUAGUGUAUCUGUAAAUAAAUCCUUAGAAGUAAUGUUUAAUGUAGAACAGAAUGAAAAUAAGAAUUAUAGUGACUCGCCUCUGAUUAAAGGAUCCACAAGUAAUUCCAUAGGGUAUGAAUCAGGGCCAUCAUCAAUUGAUGAAACAGCUUACCGAUCUUCCAGUAAAAGUAUGAUGGCUUCAUGGCAUGGUUCUGUGAAACCAAGUGCAGAACUUCAAAAAAGAAUUGCCAAGAAUGAUUUGAAAGAGUUAAAAGAAAACAAAGCAAAUUCAGUUUUAAAAAGUCCUUUAGAUUCUCGAGCUGAUAUUGUUGAUGAGAUGUGUGAAUCUUUUGACAGAAGUGAAGAAAACGCUUAUGGGAAUAACAAAGGAGAUGAUGUAUUUGAUUUGAGCAAUGCAUCAAACGAGUCAAGCAAUACUGGUGCUCACAACUCUACCUUUAUCAUCAGUGAUGUCUCCAAUGUAGCCAAUGCCACUAGCAGUGAGUUGGAAUUGACAACACCCACAUGUGAUAUAGCCAGUCAGUUGUCUAAAGAUGACAGCGACAAAACAGAAACUGAUUUUGAUGAUGGUGAGAAGAAAUCGGUUGAUAUACCUAGAACUCCAGAUCAUAGCAUUUCACAGGUGGAAAUCCCGCCUACAGAACACAAAUUCAGUUUUGUUAAAUUGUCAGACAUGGACAAAGAACCAAAAAAGAUCCCUGUGGAGGGUAAAACUGUUAUUAACAGAAUGAGUAGAAGUAUUCCAGAAGCUUCUUGGAUAGAGAGUAAGAUGAUGACGAGAAGUGCUACUAGUCGGUCACUCAGCAGGUUGUUUCCACAUCUUAACACUUCCGCUCGUAAUCUUACCCCUGACUCUGGUGAUCAUGAGACUGACUUUUCUGAGAUCAGCAGCAUGCAAAGCAGCAUGGACCCGUCUGCCUUAGAAGGCAGUACAGAGGAGACAGAUGCAUCUUCGGGUACAGGCGGGCCAGUUUCACGAUUAGGCGAGGACUUGCUGCGGAUGUUUCUAGACGAAAUCAGUCCUGAUGUAACGGUGGAGGUAGGGGGCCGCCGCAUUAAGGCUCACAAGUGUAUCCUGAGCUCCCGAUGUCAAUACUUCGCAGCCAUUCUCAGUGGCGGCUGGGUCGAGAGCGCUGGUAAUGUCAUCUCUCUGCAAGGAUUCUCGUACAAUGCAGUACACUUUGCCCUCUGCCACAUUUAUAGUGGGGCCAGCAACAUUCCUGACUCAAUCAACAUUGUGGAACUGGCUACAUUGGCUGACAUGUUGUGUCUGGAGGGUCUCAAGGAGGUCAUCAUGUAUACGCUCAAAGUCAAAUACUGCCACUUCUUCCAUAAGCCGUGCCCGAUGUGUACAGUGGGCGUGUUGGAGUGCCUGCCACUGGCUGCAGCCUACGGUCUGGAUGAAAUUUACCGCAAGAGUCUCCGUUGGAUCACCAAGUACUUUGUACGAGUGUGGCCAACCAAGGGGUUUGCCACAUUGCCCCGUGAGCUGCUCGACAAGUGCUACAAACAGCACAUUGUCCAUAUGACUGUGGACAACGUUCUGGAGACAGUUCUCUGCUGCAGUAAACUUCAAGGGUUGAUACCCAAUGUGCGGUGGGCAGAACCGGUGUUUACUCUGGCCACUAAACUUUAUGAGGCUGCAGUCAAGUUCAUAGCCCAGCAUUUCUGCGAUAUUCUUUCAAGUGAUGUGUUCAUGUCACUCGGCAAGGAGCAGCUGUGGACUAUGAGUCAUCUAGAGGAGACUCUCCUGUCAGCUGCCGAGAAGCUGCCCCCAGACCAGGCCUGCAAGUGUCACUCACACCUGUACAAGCUGACCAAUGUUAUUCAUUCCACUAAUUCACCCAUGGAUAUCAAGUUCAAUGAAGGGUUUGUGGAAUUCCUCAGUCUGCUGGCAACGACUGUGGAGGCCUGCUUGUUGAAACAAGCUGCACGAGCAUCACGCACCCCAGCCUGGACACUCAUGGAACCCCAGCUUAGGCAUAAGAUACAAGACGCUGCAUGUUUAGUUAUAGUACCUGGGGAUGACCGUAGGCGAGCCCGCCAUCUGCUCAAGAGGGGAGAAACCACCAACGUGGGCAAACGACCCACUGAGUUGGUGCCAGUGAAGACUGCUGUAACCGAUUCAACUCCUGGCAAGAAGACACUACCUACCCGCCCACCUCCCAUUUCUGCUGUCAAACCCAAGACACCACAGCCACCUGUCAAGACAGAGAGUACAGGUCCUCGACCCAAGACAUGGCCUUACAAGAUAUCAGAGGUAAAAUCAAGAUAUCUGGAGCCAAAGGCAACUCCAAAGCAGUCACCAGCCCUGACUGCUGCCAAGACGGAGAAAACAACACCCACCACUCGCCGCAAUGUCAGCAAAUCUAUCAUCUCCUCAUCAGACUCUUCACGAACCUCAUCCCCGGCCAUGAGGAGAUCCUUACCUCAGCGGCCAUCCAGGAGUGUGCCAGGCAAGCGAGAGGACACAUUGACCAUGUCAACAGAUUCAUUGGCAGAUCCGUCAACCAGUGGCAAUAAAAAGAAGAGUGACUCGAGCACUGGAGCAGGUAGGGGUCAACCAUUCUCUCGUGUAGACUUUGUUGAGAAGAAUGCACAGUCAUUGUCAGUCAAGUCAGGAGGAAUGAGGGUGACAUCAGUGGAGACGGUGUCUCGUGUUAGUCUUAGCGAUGCCAAGAGUAAGGCUGUGGUCGCUACCAGAGUGGAUGGAGAUAGGCCAAAGUACUCUCCUGUUCCCCUCAGUAAACGGAGCAGCACCCACAGCUCCCCUCGGAUCAAGGACUCUCCAGUACCACAGGUUAAAAGUACAGUCAGCUCUACACCAUCCCCAUCUCUGCGGAGGAAUACUCUAUCGCCAAAGGAAAAGUCCAGCAGCACUGCUGAUACCAAGUCCUCCCUGUUAAAGCGAACCUCGACAUACCGAGUUCAAGCCAAAUCAUCGAGUCCGAUGAAAGUUCCUGCGACUAAACCGAGAGAUAAUGGAGCUUCUCCGAACGUCAAAGGAAACAUAAAUAAGAUUCAGUCCAAAGUGAACAGCGUGAAAAAGUCAGCAGCAAAUAACAACAUACUGAGUAAUCAUAAGACUGAAACCAAACCACAGCCAAUGGUAGGAUCUCGUUCCGGCACUUUUCUCAAAGACGAACCGACUGUUCUGAAAAAACCACAAGUAGUAAAUGUUUCUGAGUAAUGCUGCAAAUAGUUAAGCUUAUCUUUAUGAUGUCUACCGCUAGUCAGUGUGCCAUUGAAGGCUUUGUUUUUAGUUAUAUUCGAUCAUUGUAUUGAUCCGUAGUUCACAGCUUUAACAUCACCUAGUUGACUUCCUUCAGCUUACUUUGCAGUAUUACAAGGUUUAGUUGAUGCAGGUCUUUAAGUUAUAAUUUAAAUGUAUUCCUGUGUUGUUUGUGUGUUGGUAAUAUUCGGCAGCAAUAUAAAAUUACAGCCAUUGUAUUAGAAAGUUACCAAAGAUUUUUUUUAUGAUUCAAAUAUUUAUGUUCUUUGUUAAUGUUUUUUUAGAAAAGUAUAAUUUAAAAUCAUUGUUAAACUUUAGAAUUUAUUUAUUAUUAUAUUUAAUAUUUUUGUGGGCUUCAUUCAUGUCACAAGUAAAUAAAUACUGUUCAUAUUACAUUAAAUUUAGGAUAGAGACAUAAAAUUAGAAUAAAUAGAAAUUAUUUAUGCAAAAGUAUUUAAUUGUUAAGAAUGUUGCUGGUUGUUACUAAAAUGCCUAGACCGAAUUUAACACUGUAUAUUCCAGUGUAAUUCGGAAGAUACUUCUUUUUCAUACUCUAAUUUAAUUGUAAUAAGCUUAUCGCAUGAUUUAUGUAAUUUGUAUUUGUAAUAAAACAUAUUAAUAGAUUU